AUGGCCACCUUUACGAGCACCCGCAAGCCCGGUACCACCUCGACUGUGACUGCCGCCAAGCCCAAACUGCGCGCCGACGCCGCGACCCUCAAGAAGUACGGCUGCUUCCUCGACAACGGCGCCGUCCUGUGCUUCUGCAACACCGAGCCGAGGAUCCAGGCGACCCGCCGCGUCACUCGCAAGGAGAGCUCGCCCAACCUCGGCCGCGAGUUCUGGUCGUGCGGCUCGUGGAUCGAGGACGACAACUGCGGCUUCUUUCUGUGGUGCGACCAGGCGGCAACUCUCGGCCGCGGCCUGAGGACACCUCCUCCCGCCGACAAGCCCACCUUUCCACCCCUCGCCAGGCCCAUGACGCCUGCAACCUCGCCCCAGAAGCGCCCCCGAGCGCGCUCCCCUCCCACCUUCCGCCCCUCGACCACCGCCAGCACCACGCCCGCACCAGCACUCGCACCCGCCUCGACCCCGACCAAGCCGCGCCGACAGCCCGCCGUCGCCGAGUCGUUCGACGACGUCGACUUUGACUCGCUCGACGCCGGCCUCGACGACGAGAUCGAGGACGACGACGACGACGGCGAGCCGCUCGCGUCGGGCUCGCCCUCGAAAAAGCCGCGUUUCGAGUCGUUCGCCUCGCCGUCCUCGGGCGCGAGCCGAGCGGGCCCGGCGACGCCCUCGACGUCACAGCACUGGCAGGGCGCCACGGCCGCAUCGACGCCGGGCAAGCCUCGCGCGGGCGGGUACGACGCCAUCCGCGCCGACCCGGACUCGCCGUUCCACGCCCUGCAGAAGGAGCUGUUCGGCGGCGGCGGCGGCGGUGGCGCCGAGCACGGUGUGGCGAGCUCGCCUGCGCCUGCGCCUGUGUCGCCGAGCAAGGCGGGCCCGGCGCCGCACGAGGGCGCGCCCUCGUCUUUCGACGCGCUCUCUGCGGCGCUCGCGAGCGCGGUCGAGGCGGUCGAGCUUGUCAAGAAGGAGCGCGAGAAGGAGGCAAGGCUGCAGGUGGCCGCGAGGCGCAAGGAGGAGGUGCUCAAGAAGGCGGUCGAGCGGGCAAAGGAGGAGAGCGAGGCGGUCAGGAGGGAGAACGAGCGGCUCAAGGAGAGGAUCAGGAUGCUCGAGGAGGAGAACAACGAGCUGCGCACCCGGUAGAGCCUUGUCGAUUUGCAACUAGCGCUUUUUUGCCUCGUCUC